AUGUUAGGAAGUAUUAAAUAUCGCCCACCAGCUACAGUGGAACCGUCACUAUUUAGGGCGAAAUUACUCGCCGGCGAUUCCAGGACUAUUCAUCAUGUUAUGCACUGGUUACUAAGUAACAAGGAGCAAGUAAAAAAAACUGCGUAUCUCGCAAAAUAUCUGAAAAUACCGGAUAUCCCCUCCGAUGUCGCCCGGAAUAAUACAAUUCAGGAUCUUUUAGAUUUGUAUCACAACCUUAUUGAUGAAUUUAAGGAUGUGCAUAAAAGAACCAGACUUUUGGAGAAAGAAAAUUCAACAGAAAUGAUUAAUGAUAUCAAGGAAAUGGCAGUCGAAAGGGACAUAGUCAUAAAAAGAUUAGAAAACGUUCAAGUUAAUCUUAUCGACGUAAGUAAUAAAGAAGAUUUAUUGAGCGUAAGCAAGGCCCUAAGGUUGCAGCAAGAGAGAACCAAAGAAUUGGAAAAUCAGAUAUCAACAGUGAACGGUGAAAUCGAGCAAUUGGUACAGCGUCGCUUAGCAGCAACUGGACCGCAAGAUGAUAAGCUAGCACCAUUCCGCCAACAAGCUGCCGUCAUCAAGAGAAAUAAAGAAGCCAGCGCGGAACGCGUCAAUGAGUUGACAGUGACCCUCAAGGAACAAGAGGCUAUCUUGGCAGAUUUGCAAGCGCAAGUUGAAGCUGGAAUUUUGUCAAGAACUUUGCAUAUUCUAAAUGUAGCAGAUCCAACGAUUGAAAUGGCCUUAGUAAAUCAUAAAAAGAUGAAAAUAGAGGAUGAUGAUUUGUUAGAGAAAACUUCAACUAAAACCUCAGAGAUGACAAAAAAGUCUUUUCAUGAUUUAUCGCAGAUUGUUGCUCAAACAGCUCAAGAGCUAUCCCAAGUGCGGUUAGAAAUACAACCACUUGUUGACAAAAUUAAGCCAAUAAAAGAGAAGUAUCAAGUAAUACAACAACAAUAUGAGCAAAAGAAAAGGAUAUAUGAAGCAACAUCAAUUAAUAUUACAUCUCAAAUGGAACCUUUGAAAAAUGAAGUGAAAGAGUUAAGCGACAAGUUAAAUAGCAAGGAAAUGGAAUGGAAAAAUUUGAGGCAAAAGAUCACAAAAGCUGAAAGCCUACAGCAGGAUGUAAUGUUUGAAAUGAAGAACUCGAUGCAAUCUCCUCGUAAGCCAUCAAAAAUUGAGAUUUUAAAAAAGAAAGUUCGUGGUUUAGAGGAAAUUGUUAAAAAUUUGGAAGAGGGAGCAGUGUAUCUUUUAAAGCUACCGAGAUACAAAGAAGAA